UACAGAACAUUUUAUGCAGUAACAGGAAAAGCAGUACAGAGAUUUAAAAAAAAAAAAGUGGCAGAAGAUAACACAUUAUGAAAACAUUAAUAAGUAGCUAGUUUCAAGUUCCAUGGAAUACACAGUAAGAAUGAUUAAUAUUUUGAAACUUUAUUGAUGUACAAAAUAAGUAUAUAAAAAUAAUUACAACAAAACAUGCCAUUACAGGAACAUCCAUUUCAUUAAUUAUGGAUAUCAGCAUCUGCUACUGAUAAGGUAGACAAUAUCCCAGACAGUACAUCCAAGUAAAAUCUAUGAUCAACUUUCAUUAAAUAUUAGGAAAACAAACAUAAAACAGGGAAAGGUUCAGUGGAAAAAACAGCAGUUUAUGAUUUGCUUAGUAUCAUGUUAUUAGACGGACCUGGUGUUAGACCAAAGCAUGUUAUGUCUUUUGGGAUGGAAAUGCAAACACACCAAGGUACUCAGCAGCAGCAACAAACCAAUCUACAGUCCACAGAAGAAAUUCAACAACCAGCAGUUACUCCCGAUCCACAGGAAUUGUCGCCAGAGCCAACUUUAAUUACACCAGUUCCUGAACAUGUAACAGACACAGAUCCAUCACCUGCACUAUCUCGGCCAGCUGCAACAAUUCAGCAAAGGAGGUUGCAACCACCAUCAAGGUCAGAGAGGGUUGAUGCCUUACUUCAGAAAAUAAUAGACAAAUUAGAUGGUUACUUUGAAAAAGAUCAAGAUUGGAAAGAUAAAUUCUUGACAGAAAUAAUAGGCAGAAACCAUGAAGAACUAGUUAUAAAGAGAAUAUCUUAAGUUAAUGAGAGUAAUUGCCAAGAACUAAAAAAUGUUUUAAUAUACAUUCCUUAUUUUUUUCUAUUCAUUUUUUCUUCAAAUGCAUAUCUCUGUUUUGUUUAAAGUUUACAUUUCUAGUCUAUUGAAUACCAAAUUCUUGUGCAAGUUUUAGUUAAGCCUGUUUUUUAAGUCUAGUUGUUUUAAGGAACAACAUUAUCUUCAUUUGUUAAUGCUCCAUGUUUGUUGCUUUCAGUUUUUGUUCUGUUUAAAUUGAAUUUUUAUCCAUCCAGUUUAUAAUAUUUUAUAAUAGUAUGGUUACAUUUUUUUCUUUUCUUCUCAAUAAGAAUAUUUAUUUUUACAUGAGAAACUUUUAGUCUUAGUUUUAAGUUUAGCUAUAUGUUAUUUAGAAAAUAUAUAUUGUUUGUUUGUUUUUUUGUUAAGAUGAUUUUUUUUUUCUGACACAAUUGUUUUUGUUUCUUCAAAUGAAUGUGUUUCAGAUCAGAUUGUAAUUUUAGUAAGCUCUAGCUUUUGGUUUACUAUUCAUGCUUGAAAAUUUAUUUAAAUGUAAAGUUUUAGUGAAUCAUAUUAGCCAUAUUGAAUCAUAUUCUGAUGUGUUUGUACUCCAAGUUAAAAAAUAAACACUUUUA